AAUAUAUGACGUCACUGCAUUUGUUUACAAAUGGCGGCCAAGUAAAUAGAAAUAGGAAGAACCAGAGAUUACUAAGUUAGAUCCCGCUGGUCGGGGUUUGUGUCAAAAACUUUCAUUGAAAAAAUGGCAUCCAAAGUAAAGGAGAAAAUAAAGAAAAAGUCACCAAAAGUGGUAAAUCAAGUUGAGGAGGAAAGACCUUCAAGUGCCCACAGUCAAAUAAGUGUAAAGGAAGCAGCAUCUAUUGUGGACAACACUGAGAAAUUCACAGAGGAUGAAAGCAAACAAGAGAAAGAAAACAAAAACACCCAGGAUAAAAAGUCUGUAGAGGUAGACAGCAAAGAUGUCAAAAAGAAAGAAAAGAAAAAGGAAAAAGAAGACAAAAGAAAAGAAGGGAAAGAUAAAAAAUCAAAAAAUAAAAAUCCCUCAAAAGUAGAGAGAGCACCCAGUCCUGACCUUGUCCCAGAGAGGAGAAGGCGAUCACCCUCCCCAUUUGGCAGAAACGUAGUGGAACCAACUUCAGUGUCAAACAUGGGAAGCCUGGCCUCCCUCAAAUCGCAUUCUACUGUCAGAGAGGCUUGGACAGACAGGAGUUCCAUGUCUGAGCUUAAUUCUGCUCCCCCUUCUGUGACUAGUAGCAUCAUCAGUGUUAGGGAGGCGGCACGAGAAAAUCGGGCUUACCUGGCUAAUCAACGAGCAGAGGUUUCUUCGGACAGCUCUGAUGAGGAGAUUGAGGAGACAGAAGAAAUUAAGAAUGCUUAUAUUCCUUACCUUUACGCAAAGAAGAGCAUCACAAAAGUUAUUAAGGACAUGAAGAAAAUGAAGUCAAAUCACAUAUGCAUUGUCACUGACAUCCAGAGAGAGUACAAAAGCAUUGAAGAUGAAACUCAGAGACAAUUCAAUAUAUUUGUGAUCAACCUUCGAGAGCAAUACAAAGGAAAGGUAACCACAUUUCGCCAGGUAAUCGAUGUCCACAGAAGUGAGCUACAGUCAAAAGAAUCCUACUGGAAUGAAAUGCUUGAGAGCCUUGCAGAAAGGAACAGGCGUUUGUUGAAAGAUAAGAAAGUCUUGCUGAUACAAAACAAAGUUGAAAUUGAGAGACUAGAAAAAGAAAAGGUUGAGAUACAAACAGAGCUAUCCCAGAAGUUGGAUAAAGUAACAGUUGCCCUAACAACAGUUGAAAAAGAAAGAGAGGUGGAAAGAGGCAAAGAGGCAGAUUUAGAGGAUGAUUUCAAGAAACUUAAGGAGGACUUGGAGAAGGAGAGGUCUACAGUUGUCCAGCUUGAAAAAGACCUGGCAGAAGAAAAGAGACUCAGAGCAGCUGCAGGGGUUGUGGUGGCAUCGUCUGUUGUCUCUGCAGUCAAUAAUUCAGAAACCAAGGUACAAGUUGCAAAAGAAACACCAGUGACAUCCUCAGUAGUGCCAGUCCCUGUCUCUUCAGCAGAGAAAGAGGAAAUGUCUGCUGAGAGAAGUGGGCUGGAGGAGGAAAGACAGAGGAUUAAUGAGGAAAGAAGACAAAUGGAAGAGGACAGGAGGAACUUUGGAGGAGACAGGAAGGAAUGGAUGGACCAGAACAACAAACUACAGCAAGAUAUAGCAGUUCUCACCAAAGAAAGCACUGAAUGGAAAGUUAAAUAUGAGACCAUGAUGCAGCAGGCCGAGAAGCUGGCCACUGUCCAGGAGAAGUAUGCGGCAUUAGAGGCCCAGUACCAGGCUUUGGCAGCUGUUGUUACAGCCUCUGAGGGCACAGAAGCCAUUGCUAAGGAGAACAAGAAAAAGGUUGAGGAAGAUCGUGUGAUGAUGACCCAGGAGAAGGCAGGACUGGACAAGGAUGUUAAACAAUGGGAGACUCAGUUCAAAAAGAAGAAUGGUCGAGAACCAACAGCGGAGGACAAGACUGACUCUGUGAAGGAGAUGUAUGUACAACAAGAAGAGCUCAACAUGAUGGUCAAUUCUCUGGACAAAAAGCUGGAAACCUAUCAGAAGUUGGAGAGUGGAAAUGUUUUAGACCCUCCUGAAGUUGUCCAGGUCCCCCUGAAAGAACCAGAGGUUCGGACAGUGGAGGUAAAAGUUCCUGAUCCAAUGGUGAUGGCAGAGUUAGAAAAGGAACAGGCAGAGGUGGAAAAACUCCAUGCUCUAAUAGCUGAACUCCAAAGAGAGAACACUGAAAAAAGCAGUCAUAUUAGUCAACAGAACGAGGAACUCUCCAGACUUAGAGAUAAAAUAAGUCAGCUUGAGGCUGCCCUGAAAGCUGGCACUGUUUCUGCUGUGGCAUCAACGACCAACACUGAGGAGCUUGAUGUCUUGAAGAAAGAAAGCAAGGAGAUGAAAAAAGACUUGAAGAAACUGCUUAAAAAACUAGAGAAAGAAGAAGAAAAAGCGAAAUCCAUUAAUGUUGAUCCAGAUACACGGGUGCAAACCUUGGAAGAAAAAGUAACCUCCCUUGAUGAAAAGAUUACUGACAUAGAGAGUGAAAAUGAGAUUCUGAAGGAGGAGAAAUUGAGAACAGAAACUGAAAAAGAGGUUCUAUUACAGCAGAUUCAGGCAUUGCAACAGACUGUAACACCAGGUGUCACAACCGCAGUGGCUGUUACAUCUUCCAUCCCAACAAAAUCAGAGCCAGUAGAUGGAUGCAAUGUUCCUGAACAUGGGGACUUAAUUCAGCAGUUGGAGGACAAAAAGACAGAAAUCAAAGAAUUGGAAACACAGCUUCAUGAGAAGGAGGCACAAAUCCAGGAGAAGAUCCUCACCAUUCAGGAUCUAGAGAAGGAAUUGGACAAACUUCGAACAGAGAACAAAGAAAUGAGAGCUGAUAUGUUAAAAAUGGCAAAACAACACACAAAGCUGCAACACAAAUUAAAAGAUUUGGUAGAUUUCGAGAAAACCAAGAAACUCCUUGAAGCAGUGGCAUUUUAUGUCCAUGAGAUACAUGGAGAGGUACCCUCUGCUGCUGAGGGUGUGGAUAAUCGUCUGGGAGUGGUCUCCACUGAGGCGCUCAAGUUGAAGGAGAGUCAGGAAAAGAGCGUCAAGGCAGUUGAGGCCUGGGUGUCCAAGUUUACCAAGAAAAAUGGCAGGGAACCCACAGCCAAAGACAGAGAUUCUGAUGGAGAGAGGGCAUACAGGGUUUUGGAGGAGAAUGGCAACCUUCUAGAAGAUAAAAAAAUUAUGGUGGAAGCUCUGCAGAUCAUGAAGACUGGAGACUACAAGGCCCCUGAGUCCAGAAUAAGCACUGAAGCUGUGUCUGAAGAGUCUCCGGUGGAGAAGAUGGAGCAUCAGAUGUCAGCUAUGGAUGACAAACUGACAGACCUCGAGUCAGAUAAUGACAACCUCAGAAAAGAAAGAAAUGAUGCUGUGGCUAGGCUCAAGGAACUAGAGUUGCAGUUGGAACAGGCCAAAAAUGACUUGCAGCUUCAGACAACAUUGACCUCUGGUCUUCAAGACUCGGAGGAGUUAUCCAAUCAGAUCACCGACAUCCAGAAACUGCUGAAUGCCUCCGAGUCUGCCCUACUACAGGAGAAGACUGCCCACAAUAGUACACAGGAGGAGCUGGAAAACCUCCGGAAACAGAUGGUGGUCUUGAAGGAGGAAGUAGAGACGGAGAGGACGGACCUCGAGGCCCAGAGAGAGAGUGGUAAAAAGACAAAGGAUGCUGAGAAUAAGGCCAAAAUGGAGGAGAUCAAUGCUUUGAAAUCUCGAAAUGAACAACUGGAGAUGGAAAGACUUGCUAAUGUUCCUGUGGACACAGCUAAAGAAAUCAAAGAACUCCAUGCCAGAAUCGCUGCAUUGGAAAAAGAGAAAUCAGGAGCUGGAACAGCUAAUACAACGCUUCAAACUCAGAUUAACGAGCUGAAAACUAAGCUAGAGGGAGCUCAGAAGAACACUGAGGCACAAAGGGCUGCUAACAGAGAGCUGGAGGCUAAAAACAAGACUGCUAAAGCAGACAAGGACAAAGCUAUUAAAGAGGUGACCAUGCAGAUUGAGAAGAGAGAACAACAAAGGGCCAAUGAGGACAAGAAGAGAAUUGCCACUCUGGAAAAAAAAAUCAGGGACCUCGAAGCAGGGGGAGUUAAGCCGGUAGCUGCUGCUGUUGUGGGGGGUAAGGCUGGGUCAGAAGCUGGAGACAGAGCAUUGAAGGAACAGUUAGCCAACAUGAAACGUGAAAACAAUGAACUGAACACCAGAAUCAAACAGCUGGAUGCUGAGAUCAAGAGGGGGACCAAGCAAGCUACUACCAUGGGCAAUGAAGAUAAAAAUGACUUGAAGAGAAAGGAAAAGAUUCUGAAGGAGCUUGAAAGAAAAUAUGAAAUUGAAAAAAACAAGACUUCCAAGCUUGAGGAGAAUGUGAAGACCACAGAGGAGGACCUCAAAGUCACCAAAAAAGAAAGAGAUGAGAAAGACAAUGAGUUGAAGAAGGUCACUGCUGAGUUAUCUGCCCUUGGUGUGGCUGCAAAACAAGGAAUGGAAGCAGCCACAAAGGUCAAAACACUGGAAACUGACAACAAAAAGUUAACAGAGGAAAACAAAGUCUUGACAGAGAACUACAACUCAGAGAGGGUUUUGAGAAAGAAAUAUUACAACAUGGUUGAAGAUAUGAAAGGAAAAAUCCGAGUAUACUGCAGGGCUCGUCCUCUGAGCUCCACAGAGACUGGAAGGGGCAACUACUCCGUGAUAAAGUCGCCAGAUGAAUACACCAUUAAUGUAGAGUCAAGCAGAGGCACAAAGGAAUUUCAGUUUGAUGCAAUUUUCAUGGAAGAUUCCACACAGGAAAAGAUUUUUGAGGACACGAAUAACCUGAUUCAGUCUGCCAUGGAUGGCUACAAUGUCUGCAUCUUUGCCUAUGGACAAACAGGAAGCGGAAAGACUUUCACCAUGAUAGGUGACAGAGACCAAAAUUUUCCAGGAAUCACUCCCAGGGCUUUUGAAAGAAUAUUUAAUCUUGCACAUGAUGUGAGAACUAAAUUCAGUGUGAAGGUUGCCUCCUACAUGAUGGAAUUGUAUAAUGAUAAACUGAUUGACCUGUAUGCUAAACCAGGGACGUCAGAUGAUGAAAGGAUGGACAUCAAGAAGGAUAAGAAGGGACUGGUGUAUGUACAAGGGGCUAUAAUCAAAGAAGCCACCAAUGCCAAGGAGCUGUUUGCUUUGUUUGAGGAGGGAAGCAAGAACAGACACACAGCCUCCACAAAAAUGAAUGCUGAAAGUUCCCGUUCCCAUCUGAUCAUUGGUGUUACCAUCGAAACAACCAACAAGACAACGGGACAAGUUCUGACGGGAAAAUUAAGUCUGGUAGAUUUGGCAGGAAGUGAGAGGGUUGCCAAGACAGGAGCCACAGCAGAACAACUGAAGGAAGCUAUGUCCAUCAAUAAGUCUCUGUCUGCCCUGGGUGAUGUGAUUUCAGCUCUCAGCAGUGACCAACAGUUUAUACCAUACCGUAACCACAAACUGACCAUGCUGAUGCAGGACUCUCUAGGAGGAAAUGCGAAAACCCUUAUGUUUGUCAAUAUUUCCCCAGCAGACUACAACCAGGACGAGACCAUCAUCUCACUCAUGUAUGCAUCCAGAGUAAAGCUGAUUACCAAUGAUGCUUCCAAAAAUGCUGAAAACAAGGAAAUCAAUCGACUCAAAAAUGUCAUUGCUAAGUUGAAGAAAGGAGAGACUGUCAAUGAAGAUGAUGAAUAAAGAAGAGGAAAUCAGUGAUGAACUAUAGUUAACUUUACAUAGAUGUAUUUUACCACAGUUUAACAAUAUCUAAUAUUUUACACUUUUAUCACAUCAUAGACAUAUCCAAGUCAAUUCCUGGAUAUUCAAAGGUUUUUAAAAGAGAUUAUAUAUUAAUUUUGUUUAUGUGAUUGUUGAACUUUCCGUCCAUUAUGUAUUGAAUAAUGGUUGUUUACAGAUGAAGUUUACAUCGAAGACUCUGAACUAUUAAGUUACUAUUCUUAUAUGUAUCCGUCCUCAGAGAUUGUAAAAAGCUGAUUUCUUGAAGGAGAAAUAAUUCAUUGUUCUGUAAAAUAUCCUCCUUAAAAAAGGUUAACACCACCCCUAUCUUAUCAUUGCAUAACUGCAUAAUAAUAUAGGAUUUAUUGCUAUCCAUAGGACCAUUAUGUCUUCCCCUUUUUAUAUGUUUAUCAAACUUGUCAAGCAUCAUGUUUUUAUGGAACCAAUGUUUAAAUACGAAAGUGGCAAGGAUCUAUCCCACAACACCAAUAGCAUUAAUUUCUCAAUUUACGUUCAAACCAAUGUUCUUGUAGAGCUCUGAUAUUUUUACUAUUUGAAAUUUUGAAUGAUUCUUGCAGGAAAGCUGUUAGAGUUUUUAAUAUCAAAGCUUCCCAUACAACAUACCUUUUAAAGCCAAUCUGCAAUUUCAACCACACAUUUCAAUGAAUUAGAUUUUUUUUCAUAAAUGGUUAAGCAUUAAGCACUUUUUUAAAAAGUGGACAGCAUGAUCAGUACAUGUUUAAUCUGAUUACUUGUAGAUAAUGUUUACAAAACUAUUGUAAAAAUUGAAGGGUGAUAAUCCUUGCAUGUACAUUGUGUGUCAGGUGAAAAUGAUGUUGACAUAGCAAGAAUUUCAUAAAUGUAGGACACCGCCACCCCACCCCCGCAGGACAGGACAUAUUUUAGUUUUAAGAAAUUCUGUGUACUGCAUACCUUUUACAAAUCAAGGAAAUCACUUACAUUGAUAAAACAAGGUGGUGUUAAACUUGUAUGAGGAAUGUAUUUCUGAAAUUGCCUUCGAGUUUUAUGUAUUUUCAUAUCUUAUUUUUUUUUCACAAUUUUUAAUCUUGCGUAGUUUUCCUCUUUGAUAACUUAUGUAUGUACUUGUUAAUAUUUUAUCAUACAUUCCACCCAGAAAAGGCUGGUCCUUUGAUAGACUCUUUAAUAAUUCAAUAUUUUGAUAAUAAUUUCAGUGAUGUCAUUUAUUUUUACUUGCCUGUGAUAUUUCUUGAUUUGAUAGUGAGGUUUUUUUCUUCCCCACGUCACUCGUUAAUAAGUUGAUGUCAUUUUCUUUUAAUGAAUAUUUUUCCCAAUCCUAUCUAAUGUGCAAUGGUUUUACUUUUCCAUUUCAUGUAUUAAUAAAUAUCAAUAUUCAU